UGGGGUUGUCCCUACCGCUACCGGGCUGGUCUCUUUCUUCGAGUCUUCCCUGUUUAAUUUUCAAGUCAACUAACGUGUUGAAGCCGCAGGAGGUACGAUCUGGACGAAGCAAGAUAUGCAAGAUAUAGCCUCCUCUUGCCGAUGCUGAUGUUCUUCAUUAGCAAAGCACUUUGAUCUACAGCAGUUUCUCUUCUUUACGCUGCAACUGUAUUUGUCAACUCAGAAGAUGGGUCUACACUUUUGUGAUGAUAUUACCAGACUUCUGCUGCACGUCAGGUUUCAUAUCCUCUUCCUGGCCAUCUUAGUAGAAGCAGUUCAGUCGGUGAAAUAUGAGGACUGUGAGGCCACUAGGUGUAGCAAGAGGGGUCCGAACGUAAGCUAUCCCUUUUAUGUUCGUGGAAAUGGGAAGGAACUUUGUGGCUACCCUGGCUUUGAGGUUAGCUGCGAAGGAGGAGAAACUAUGUAUGACAACUUCUCCAUCCGAAGCAUCUCUUAUGAGAAGCGGUCCUUCAAUUUAGUGAUUCGAUAUAUGAACGACGCUGGUUGCUUGGCUCCUCGUCCCCUCACUUAUUAUCGUGAGAAGCUCUUCCAGAACUCCAGUUUCCACUAUUACCUAUGGUUCUUCUAUGGCUGCACUAGUACAUUUUCCACACGCUUCGGUCAAUCUCGGCUAAAUUGCACUUCUGGUGGUUCAAAUCACACGUUUGUUGUGAUAACGCGUAAGGAAGGAUGGCCAAUGCAGAAGAAUGGAUCCUGUCAAUUGAGCAGUACAAUACCGGUUGAGAUGAAGGAGGGAAUCCCGAACCCAACCUUGGAAAGUAUUAACUACACGAUGCUGCUGAGAAAUGGGUUCACAAUGAAUUGGACGUUGUUGACCAAGGAGAGUUGUGCCAAGUGCAGACACAGUGGAGGCCGAUGUGGCCGAUUAAAUGACAGAGAAUUUGUUUGCUAUUGCUCUGAUGGAUCCUCUCACGAAAAAUGUGGAAACAGAGGCUUGUGGCAGAAGAUAAAACUAGGUGCCGGAAUUGGAGGCUCGAUCAUUGUUCUUUGCCUCUUCAUCUAUAUGAUCUACUUGAGAAGGAAGUAUGCUUCUCUUAAGUUCCAACUGAAGAACAUCACUCCUUGUCCUUCCCCUGGUCCAGACAUGGAGGAAAGCAGUGUAUAUUUUGAGGUCGCCAUUUUCACCAGUAGAGAACUCGAAGAAGCCACAAAUCAUUUUGCUUCUUCCCAUGAACUUGCAGAUGGAGGUUUCGGAACUGUUUACUACGGAAAACUUCGGGACGGGAGGGAAGUAGCAGUGAAGCGUCUAUACGAGCACAGCCACCGUAGGGUAAAGCAAUUUAUGAAUGAAGUAGAAAUCCUAACCCGUUUACGGCACAAUAACCUUGUUUCUCUGUACGGUUGUACUUCUCGCCACAGCCGUGAACUUCUACUCGUCUAUGAGUACAUCUCGAAUGGCACCGUCGCUGAUCAUAUCCAUGGCCAGCAAGGAAACUCACCUGCUACAUUACCUUGGCAAAUCCGUAUGAACAUCGCCAUAGAGACUGCGACUGCACUAAAUUACCUCCAUGCUUCCGACAUUAUCCACCGUGAUGUGAAAACUGACAACAUCCUUCUUGACAAGAAUUUUGGCGUUAAAGUUGCAGAUUUCGGGCUAUCAAGGCUGUUCCCAAAUGGCGUUUCUCACAUCACGACAGCUCCUCAAGGGACUCCAGGUUAUGUGGACCCUGAGUACUAUCAGUGUUACCAGCUCACUGAGAAGAGCGAUGUUUAUAGCUUUGGUGUUGUUCUAGUUGAGCUUAUAUCGUCCAUGCCAGCUGUGGACAUAAGUAGAGAGAGGCAUGAAAUUAAUUUGGCCAUUUUUGCCAUAAACAAGAUACAGACAUGUGCAUUUGGCGAGCUGAUUGACCGGACCCUAGGAUUUGAGUCAGAUAGUGAAGUUCAUAGGAUGACAACUUCAGUAGCAGAGCUGGCUUUUCGGUGCUUGCAGCAGGAGAAGGAAAUGAGGCCUUUAAUGGACGAGGUUUUGGAAGAACUGAAGGCAAUCAUGCGUGAUGAGAAUGUUAUGACCAAAGCACUCAAUGCAGAUGAGGGUGAAGAUGCCCUUGCUUCAUUUCCUAUGGAUAAUGACAAUGUCCAGCUGUUGAAGAACAUGCAGUUGACUCAUUCUCCUGUUUCAGUAACUCAAAAAUGGGCUAGCAGUUGUAGCACUUGUAGCAGUUGUUCUGCUGCCGUUGCUGAUGUUUAAAUUUUCCUUAUAGCUGUUUGUAAGAUAUUAUGCACAUAUGAGGACGCAAGUUGAAUUUCCACUUUUAUUGCUUGGUCUGAAUUAGAAGGAAUGUCCAUUGUAAUAAAGUGCUUUCCUCACUCUAGCUUGCACAUAAUAUUGGACCAUCUUGGAUCGUACUGAAGGUUUACUGUUGGAAACAGUAUUUGAGCAGAUUCAACACAUGGAUGCAAAUUAGUUUA